GCGACAGGUGGGCUAAAGCAGAAGGGCAUCGUCUCCUAUGGCGUCGCCCCUAACCGUCAGAACCCCCUCGCUGGCGCCUUCCACGAUGCCCUCUUCAACACCUGGAGACGCUUUAGGAACCAGGUCAUCUACUUCGCGCCCCCGAUGAUUGCCGGCUACUACGUUCUGAACUGGGCUAUCCACAGGAACGAGUAUCUCAACUCGAAGGCUGGCCGCGCUGAGUUUGCCGGCGAGGAAUAA